AAAUGGAUAGUGAUUUGCAUUUUCUUAAGUUAAAUCAUCUUCUAACAUUUUUGUGCAUCCUAAGUUCUUCAUAUAUAUUCUUCAAAUUCAUUAGUUGGUGGCUUUUCUUCUCCAAGAAUUCCAGUAUCGGAGCCAUCAAACUACCCCCGGGCCCACCCAAAUGGCCCAUAUUCGGCAACCUUCUUCAGUUGGGCCAGCUUCCUCAUAGAGAUUUAGCGGCCCUAUGUGAGAAAUAUGGACCCCUCGUCUAUCUCCGAUUGGGUCGGGUCGACGCCAUAACGACCAAUGAUCCCGACAUCAUCCGUGAGAUUCUAAGGCAACAAGACGAUGUAUUUGCCUCACGACCACGAACCUUGGCAGCGGAGCACCUUGCCUACAAUUGUGGAGAUGUUGCACUGGCCCCUCUCGGCCCAAAAUGGAAACGACUACGACGAAUUUGCAUGGAAAAUUUAUUAACUACCAAAAGACUUGAGUCGUUUGCGGGCCACCGAUCAGAUGAGGCCCAACAUCUGGUUAGAAAUGUAUGGGCCUCGGCCCAAUGUGGAAAGGAGGUGAAUUUGAGGGAACUCCUAGGUGCUUUCUCGAUGAACAACGUGACUAGAAUGUUGCUAGGAAAGCAAUACUUUGGGGUUGGAUCGGAUGCCCCACAAGAAGCCACGGAGUUCAUGCACAUAACGCAUGAGCUCUUCAGGCUUCUGGGCCUCAUCUAUUUGGGUGAUUAUUUGCCCAUUUGGAGGUGGGUCGACCCGUUUGGAUGCGAGAAGAAAAUGAGGCAAGUCGAGAAAAAAGUUGACGAAUUUCAUACAAAAAUUAUAGAACAACAUAGGGCAAGUAAGGAAAAUCAAGAUGAUGGCCAAAUGGAUUUUGUUGAUGUCUUGUUGGGUUUGCCCGGUGAAGAUGGAAAAGAGCAUAUGGAUGACAUAGAGAUCAAGGCAGUCAUUCAGGACAUGAUAGCGGCCGCGACCGACACUUCCGCAGUGACAAACGAGUGGGCCAUGAGCGAAGUAAUCAAGCAUCCACAUGUUCUCAAACGGGCCCAACAAGAGCUGGACUCAGUCGUCGGCCCAAAUCGGAUGGUCCAAGAAGCCGACUUGGCCCAUCUAAACUACCUACGCUGCAUAGUCCGAGAAACAUUCCGGAUGCACCCGGCCGGCCCGUUUCUGAUCCCGCACGAGUCGACCCGGCCCACCACGAUAAACGGGUACUACAUUCCGGAUAGGACACGUGUGUUCAUCAACACGCACGGCUUGGGCCGCAACACCGCGAUCUGGGGCGACGUGGACCGGUUCGACCCGGAGAGGCACUGGCCGGCUGACGGGAGCCGAGUCGAGAUCAGCCACGGAGCCGACUUCAAAAUCCUGCCCUUCAGCGCGGGAAAGAGAAAGUGCCCCGGCGCGCCGCUCGGCGUCACGCUCGUGCUCACGGCUCUGGCGCGUCUGCUGCACGCUUUCGAUUGGGCCCCGGCUGCGGGCCUCAGGCCCCAAGAUAUCGAUACGAGUGAAGUGUAUGGGAUGACUAUGCCCAAGGCCCGGCCCAUGAUUGCCGUUGCCCGCCCUAGAUUAGCGGCCCAUUUGUAUCAUUGACUUCUUAUUAUUGCUUAUUGUGUUAAAUUAAC